AAGUAUGGAGAAUUUGAGAAAGAUUCUAUCUUGAAGUUGUUGUUAUACAUUAGUUAUGUUGUGUCUGUAAAUUUUUGCGUGCAGUGAUCGAGCGUAACAAUGGCCGGAAAGUACAUUCCACGAUCCAAAUCGCGAACCACUCUGUUCCUCUUCCUUCUCGCUUUCUCUCUCCUCUUCAUCCUCUUCUCUCUCUCUCCUCUCCGCUCUCCCUCUCUUCCUCCCACCAAUGUCCGCGUUCCCGAUGCCGAAACUUCCUUCCUCGUCUCCCUCGACCGCUUCCUCGCCGCCACGCCAUCCUCCGUUGCCGACGACACCGCGCGCGCCGGGCAAGAGGAUCUCGUCGACAAGCUCGACGACGCCGUUUAUCGCUCCGAGAUGGACAGGCUGUACACCGAUCCUUACUACCCGCUCUCCCUUCCCCUUAGGGUUUACGUCUACGACAUGCCCCCAAAGUUCACCUACGAUUUGCUCUGGCUCUUCAAAAGAACCUACCAAGAAACCUCCAAUCUCACCUCCAAUGGAAGUCCCGUUCACCGUCUCAUCGAACAGCACUCCAUUGAUUACUGGCUCUGGGCGGAUCUCAUCGCACCCCAAUCGAAGAGGCUCUUGAACAGUGUCAUCAGGGUUCACCGACAGGAGGAGGCUGAUUUGUUUUACGUUCCCUUCUUCACCACUAUCAGCUUCUUCCUCAUGGAAAAACAACAAUGCAAGGCCCUUUAUAGGGAAGCUUUGAAGUGGAUCACUGAUCAACCUGCAUGGAAGCGCUCUGGUGGUAGAGAUCACAUAAUCCCUGUGCAUCAUCCCUGGUCUUUUAAGUCUGUUCGAAAAGAAGUGAAGAAAGCAAUAUGGUUGUUGCCUGAUAUGGAUUCCACAGGGAACUGGUACAAGCCAGGACAGGUUUUUCUGGAGAAAGACCUGAUUCUUCCAUAUGUUCCCAAUCUUGAUUUAUGUGAUGCCAAGUGUUUGGCCGAGAUAAAUCCUAAAAGAAAUAUGUUGCUUUUCUUUCGGGGCCGGCUCAAGAGAAAUGCGGGAGGAAAGAUACGCUCUAAGCUUGUGGCUGAAUUAAGUGGGGCUGAUGGUGUGAGUAUAGAGGAGGGAACAGCUGGAGGGGGAAAAGAAGCUGCACAAAUUGGCAUGCGCAAGUCUCUAUUUUGCCUAAGCCCUGCCGGCGACACUCCAUCCUCUGCUAGAUUAUUUGAUGCUAUUGUUAGUGGAUGCAUUCCAGUUAUAAUAAGUGAUGAGCUGGAGCUUCCUUUUGAAGGAAUACUUGAUUACAGGAAGAUAGCAUUGUUCAUUUCCUCCAAUGAUGCCCUAAAGCCAGGAUGGCUUUUGGAUUAUUUGAAAGGCAUUAAACCUGCUCGUAUCAAAGAAAUGCAAAAAUAUCUUGCCGAGUAUUCAAAGCAUUUCCUGUAUUCUAGUCCAGCUCAGCCAUUGGGUCCUGAAGACUUGGUUUGGAAAAUGAUGGCUGGGAAGUUGGUGAACAUCAAGCUUCACACAAGAAGAUCUCAACGUGUAGUGGAAGGAUCUAGAAAACUGUGUACUUGUGAUUGCAGGCCUUCCAAUAAAACUGCUUCAAUUAUUUCUUGAAUCACUGUUUUUUCUUUAUAAUUGUAUUAUCUGCAGUUUUGCUCAUCCCUUUUUAUUCGUCCCCUGCAAUUGUUUUUGUAUUCUUUGGUUGUGGCUAGUUUGUUGUAUAACUUGGAUAGUACUUGACGGAAAAAGAAUUUAAAUGGCAAUCAAAUAUCAUAAUUGCUUGUAA